AUGUCCUGGAAAAUCACCAAGAAGCUUAAGGAGACACACCUUGCUCCUCUCACCCAAUCCUUUGGUCGUUCAUCGUCGACUUCCACUAUCAAAGCCGAUACCCCCGAUGAGACGCCGACAACCUCGCGCUCGAACUUGACAUCGCAAAAUUCGAAUGGGAUCGGUAUCGACCGCGGAAGACUUGAUCUCCCCCCCGUCGCCCCAGUGAAGCCUGGUAUCCUCGUCGUCACCCUGCAUGAGGGAAAGGGGUUCUCACUUUCCCCUCACUACCAGCAACUAUUCAACACUCAUUUCCAGAUUAACAAUGGCCCGGUUCGCCCGAAUUCCUCCUCCUCCCACUCAGGCCAAACCCCAGGCUCUUAUACACACCCCGCUCGCCCACAAUCGAUUAGCAGCGGCAUCAACGCCGCGCCAACCAUCCAUGGCCGUUAUCUAACUAAAGACCUACCAUAUGCGCUUCUUGACUUUGAAAAGAAUCAAGUAUUCGUCGACGCGGUGUCUGGUAGCCCAGAAAACCCUCUCUGGGCUGGUGAUAACACCGCCUACAAAUUCGACGUUUCCCGUCAAACCGAAUUGAGUGUGCAGUUAUAUAUCCGCAACCCAGCAGCUCGACCUGGAGUAGGGCGAAAUGAGGACAUCUUCCUUGGUGCUGUGAAGAUGCACCCACAACUGGAGGCAUUCAAGCCCUAUGUCGAAGACCCAAAACUUAGCAAAAAGGACAACCAAAAGGCAGCUGCGGAGCAUGAGAGAAACGCAGAACAGCGCGGCUCGGAAUGGCUGGAAUUGCAGUUUGGCACUGGUUCUAUUAAAAUUGGCGUCAAGUUUGUUGAGACAAGAGCUCACAGCCUGAAAAUUGAGGAUUUUGAGCUUCUCAAGGGUGGUUCAUUUGGCAAAGUUAUGCAAGUGCUAAAGAAAGACACUGGCCGUAUCUACGCCCUCAAGACAAUUCGCAAAGCACACAUCAUUUCUAGGUCCGAAGUUGCACACACGCUAGCUGAACGAUCAGUAUUAUCUCAAAUCAACAACCCUUUCAUUGUCCCAUUGAAAUUCUCUUUUCAGUCCCCUGAGAAAUUAUAUCUCGUCCUUGCAUUUGUCAAUGGCGGCGAACUGUUCCACCAUCUCCAAAAAGAACAGCGGUUUGACAUCAACAGGGCCCGUUUCUACACCGCGGAACUUCUUUGUGCUCUUGAGUGUCUACAUGGUUUCAAAGUUAUCUACCGUGAUCUAAAGCCAGAGAACAUUCUUUUGGAUUAUACUGGCCAUAUUGCCCUGUGCGAUUUUGGUCUGUGUAAACUUGAUAUGAAGGAUGAGGAUCGGACUAACACCUUCUGCGGUACACCGGAGUAUCUAGCGCCAGAAUUGCUGCUCGGGAAUGGCUACACGAAGACUGUGGAUUUUUGGACUCUAGGAGUAUUGCUUUACGAAAUGCAAGUUCAAUUCUGGAUGUUAACGGGUCUACCACCUUUCUAUGAUGAAAAUACAAAUGAAAUGUACCGCAAGAUUCUUCAAGAACCAUUGACAUUCCCUGGACAUGAUAUUGUUCCUCCUGCCGCUCGCGAUCUUUUAACACGUCUACUCGAUCGUGAUCCUCAACGCCGUUUGGGAUCUAAUGGAGCAGCUGAAAUCAAAGCGCACCAUUUCUUCUCCAACAUCGACUGGCGGAAGCUGCUGCAGAGGAAAUACGAGCCUACCUUCAAACCUAACGUGUCGGGUGCUAUCGAUGUUUCCCAAUUUGAUGAAAUUUUCAUUGGCGAGGCUCCCAAAGACUCGGUUGUUGAUGGACCAGGUCUUUCCUCGACGAUGCAACAGCAGUUUACCGGGUGGUCUUACAACCGCCCGGUUGCGGGACUCGGAGAUGCUGGAGGGAGUGUUAGAGAUCCCUCAUUCGGCAGCAUUCCCGAAUAG